GAAACCAAUACUAUCCUAGUAGCAGUUUGUAUUUUGAAAUCCAGUAAUGCAAUAUAAUUAUGAAGAGGCCUUGAAAGUAUUGAAAGAGUAGUCUCAGUUAAAAAUAAAUGAGGGUCAAUGACAGAUAAGCAUUUCUGAGAUGCUAAGAAAUGAAAAUAUUUUCAAAAUGUAGUUUAAAACACAUGUACUAAGUUUAAACUAUAUAUAAGAAAAUAAAUUGAAUGUCUAAUUUUUGAGCUGUAUAAAUAUCAAGUAACAAGUGCUAAACCAGUAAACAAAAACUUGUGGUGCAUUCAAGUCCUCUUGGGAAGUUCGUAUUACGACGUCAGGAGAGUUCCACUGGUCUGAACAAGAUGGCGAUUUGACUUUUCUAGAUAAAAUUCAAUGAUUUUGGCUACUUCUUCCAUAUGACGAGCUGUCGGAAAUCCAGGCAUUCCAAGGCAGCGCAGUAAACAGAACUCCUGUACUCCCACGUUAUCUGGUAAUCUGACAUUCACACAGACACACCUGAGCACACUGAAACCAGGUGACUUCACAGCGAACACACAUCUCAGACGCUCUAUACCGAUAGGGUUUGAAUCGCGAGAUAAUACAUCAACAACCGUUUUCUAUCUCCUUCCAGACAACCUGGACAUUAUGCUUUGUGACUGCGCGCUGCUCGGCGACUUUCGAGCACCGGACGGUGGAUUUGGACUGUGUGUCCGAGCCGAUCAGAACUAUGGUCGCCUUGGGUUCUCCUAAAGCCUCACAGAGACGGCAUCGCUGAGGAUACAACCUUAAGGAUUUUGUUCUUAACCAGUUUCGAUUAAUUCUCUCUUGGAUACUGGAGCGAAACUGUUGCGCAAUGAAGUUGACGGGGUGGAUAGUCCAGCUGCUCCUAUUGGCCGGCGGAAGUGUGUGUUCACUGCAACGAGUCACACACAACCCAGAAAACAACGUCAUCUGCCCUCAGUCUCUUAACUGCAGUGUGAGAGAUACAGACCCUUUCACACCUCUUGAUGUGGUCUUUGGUCCUGUGUUCGUGUGUUCUUUGGCUGUGAAGCCAAAAUUGUGCUGCCAAGGGGAGGACUGCAAACCGUGUUUGUGGAUCAGCAUCCAGCUGAGUAUUAUUCCAGCUCUCAAAGAUGAGAAGGAGGGAGAUACUGAGAUAUCAGACUAUGAAGAGGAGAGCAGUGGGGACUGGGAUUCACGAUGUCUUUCCAUACCAGAUGACACAUCCAAAGGUCAAAGUAAAGAAUACUCUCUCUUUGAAGACCGGCUAGAUCAAGGUAGACCAGCUACUAUUACAAUAUGCUAUCAACCAGCAGAAGGGCAGCGUGAGUGGUGCAAGAGAGUAGACUUCAAAGUGACUUCCGCUGCAAGUCGUAAACUUCUCAUACUGAAUCUGGUGGAGUAUAAAGAUGUCACCUUCGGCAGAACAAUGAAGAUCAGUGUCGGAUCAUUCACUAAGUCACAUGAAGUUGAAAUUAAUCAGUUCCCUACAUUAAAAACAGUGUGUUCCUUGCGAAGUCUAAAAGACAUAAAGCUGUGUAAAGGUCCCAGGGUCUCCAUUAAAAGAGAGGAGAGAGUGGUUAAGGUGCUCUUAGACGAUGAAGAUGAAAGAGCAUCUGAAGGCCUGUUGCUGUGUAUGAAACGUGGAAGAGAAGGAAGAUGCUCGGUCAGUGAACUCACACUUUAUGUCCAUAUAACACCCAGCCUGAGGGCUCAUUACAGACAAACAGUGGACUGUACUGGACAGUUUGGGUUUUUAAUCAGCUGCGGUAACUUACCAUACCUUUUCUUCUCUCAGCUUAUGCCAGAUAACAUCAUUCCACUGGAGUCAAUCACAUACUGCAUGUGUUUGCAGGCAUGGAGAAAUAAUUCAGUUCGUGUGGAAAUCUGUCCCUUUGAAAAAAAUGAAACAGAAUUUAAAGCCAAUGUCCUGAGCAACAUGUCAGUGUCUUUAGCCCACAUCAAAUCAAAUGUUGGUGAGCCGGUGCUUAGCUGGAAUUUAACAGCGCCCUGCAGGAUAAGAGCUGAAGCGUGGCCGUGUCAGCUCGAGGCAGAUGGGACAUGCACAGAAGUUAAAGGAUUCAGACAGAACUGCUGUAAUGAUUGGACAGAAAACAGCACAGCCCUAUGGGCAUCCGGGAAAUUUGUGAAUAUCAGGUCUCAGAAUCACAAGCAGCUCUGCCUGAUGCUUGAAGUGGAUGGAAAGAUUGUGCGGUACUGUCAACACCCCUUGAAGCGACAGUACUGGAGCCUUCUUGUUCUUCUGCCACUGAUCCUUCUCUGUCUGACUACCUUUGGAGUACUUCUUCUCAAAUGGUCGCUUAGCGAAUGGGACAGAAGAUGUCAUUCUCAAGAUAUGAGGGGACAGGUGUUGUUGCUCCAUUCCUCUGCCACAGACCCACAGUUGGUGUGUAAACUUGGCCAGUUGCUCUCUGAGCUGGGUUUCAGAGUAUUUCUCGACCUGUGGAACCAAACAGAGCUCGGUUCUUGCGGCCCAGCAGCAUGGCUCCACUCUAAGCUCGAUCACAUCCAGAAACAUGGAGGAAAAGCCCUUCUGGUGCUUUCUCCAUCAACACUGCAGAGAGCCGAGCUGUACUGGAAAAUUGCAGUGGAAAGACAAAGCAAUCCUGCCACAUACUCCUCAGAUAUGCUGGCUUCGGCACUGGGCUGCAUUUUUGCUGACCGUCAGAAAGGUUGUGCUGCUCAGCGGUUCGUCCUUGUGCAGUUAGACUUUGAUGAACUUCCCAUCAAUGAGGAGCAAGACAUGCCGAAGCUGUUGAGGGGCCUGCUGCUUUAUAAACUGCCCUCGCAGUCUCAGGGAUUACUUAUGGAACUGUGUUUGGAGAACCCGACUAAUGUGAGCGGGAAGUUGAAGAAGAUGUGGUGGAUGAGAAAGGCGCAGAGGAAGUUGGCCCAAGGAGUUCAGAACAUUUUGCAGAGGGUGAGGACUGAUUCCAUGCUCACUCAAUCCGAUUUACUCAGCCUAGACAUGGAAGACACGGAGGAAAUCGUUUUUCUCAAAAAAGAACAGCACUGAUGUGUCGUUUACUCCCGUCAUCACACCAAAACAUUGUUUAGACUGUCACUAUGGACAGAUUACAUGAACAAUAAAAAAAUACCAGAAGGUAAAACUGUCAAAAAAAAAUCCUUGGUGUUGCCAUGUUUUUUAUAAGAAUGCUUGGAAAUGCCAAGGAAGUUUAGAUGUGUGCCAUCUCAUCAUGAAGAACCUUGGAGUGCUAUGUGAAUAUGGUAUAAUAUAGACAUUAUUUUAUAUAUAGACACAUUUCCUGGGAUUGCUGAAGAAGGAAAUCUGCAUGUAGGACUUCCAAGUAUAAAAGAAGAAAUUCCACAGUACAGAUGCUACAGGAAGUAAAGAAAUCAAAACACUAAAUAUGCUAAUUCCCCAAAUAACAAUAUUCAUACUAUGUACAGUAUAGAGCUAAAUUUACUCCUAUAUUUUCACUGGUAUUUGGAAGGAAAUUACCCUUAUCUUUCUGUUUUCAGCAAAGCUUUUAGGGGAUGGAAAUAAUGGCAUUUGGCUAAUGUCUAUACACAAAUAUGUAAAUACUGUAUGGCUAUACAUACACGCAUACAUACAUAUAUGUGUGUGUGUGUGUGUGUGUGUAUAUAUGUAUGUAUGUAUAUAUAUGACUCUAAUAUAUUUUUUUUAAACUGAAAGUUUGUAUUAUAUGGUACAUUUGGAUUGCUCUGGUUGUACUCAAAUACAGUUUUACACUUA